UCCUCUUUCGUUUUCUAUCUGCUCUCCAAUGUACAUUUCCCAUGUCUGUCGAUCUUGGCGUGGCGUCUCGCUCUCUUCUGGCGCACUGUGGUCCCAUCUUUCAAUUAAGUUCACUGAUCGCUACAAGUCGAAGGAAUGGGAGGCGAUGGUGGAGGUAUUCGAUACGUGGCUCCAAAGAACGAAUGGAUCAGCUCUCAACUUUAUGAUCUACUUCGCUCUCCGGAAAACAGACGAUGACAGAAUCCAUCGCAUGUCGGAGUAUGUCGUCACAACUUUCCUUGCUCACCAGCGCCGAUGGAGAGACGUAGUUCUCCGCUGUUUUGGUUUAUUACCUUCUUCUGAGUUUGCGGGGAUAAACGCAAUUGACAUGCCUAUGCUAACAUCAUUGGCUCUGGAUGUCAUAUUUUCGGGAUACCAAAAAAUGUGUACUGUUUGCGUUGGGGAGUCGCCGCUUCUCAAGCAUCUACAAGUAGGCGAUGCCUUUGACCUCGAGACAAGUGAUGGCGCAGGACAAAAUCUAAGCGAAGCAAGCAGGUCGUUGUUACGCACGAGAUAUUCGUUACAUAAUGCUACCCGACUCUGCCUUGAUUUGUUGAAAGCCACUCCUUGCAUGACAGCGAUCCGCUUUAUGUACAGGGCUACACUGGAUAAAGAGGUAGAGACAGAGAUGACAACAAGUAAUCUGAAAGCUCUUAUGCUUCCCCCCGAAGGCUCUAAUCAGAUAAUUAAUAAGCUGACUCUCCCCUCUCUCAAAAUAUUGCGUUGCGGGCGUCCUUUCACGUUGUGGACGGAAGUGGGAUUUCUGGACUUCACGAGACGUUCAAUGCCUCCGUUAACCCAUUUGCGUUUAUUUUCCGAGGACGAGGACACCCUGAUCCCUGCUUUACACCUCCUGCCUACCCUUCAGGUUCUAUCUCUCGAGAAUACCAGAGUAUCAGCGAAAUUCUUUCAAGCACUUGCUUUGACGACAGAUACAAGCACAGCUGCAGGGACAGUAGAUACAAGUAGAAGCAAUUUGUGCCCCGCCCUCCUGUCACUUCGUCUCCACGGGCUCUAUAUGUGGGACGAUACAGAUGCAUUCGAAUGCGUCAAAGCUAUGUUAAUGAUGUUCAAAUCACGCGAAAACGUUUUGACGAGGAGAAACAAAAUUGUGGAAGAGAACCUGGGAAUGAGCGAUAGGCAGAUACAGUGGGUGCUUAACGACUUUCGUAUUUAUGUGUUUUCUGCUGCUGCUGAGGUCGUACCUCUUGGACCAGGUCGCUUCUGGCCAGACAUCGAUAUGUAG